UUUAGUAUAUAUUUCGUUUUAUUAAGGUGCCAGGUUAAGCUUAGGCCCCUAAGCCACCCCACAAGAAUAUUAGAACCACAUUUAUAAAGAGCCCAAUUUUUUCAUUACACCUAAAUAAUCCUGUUUGUUUCAUUAUCAAUCAUUACCUCUAAAACUCCAGCCCUAUUAUACAACUCAUACUCUUCCAAAUCCUGGAGAUUAGCAAUGUCAAUUAUUGAUUAAUACCCACAAAACCCCUUGCUUACUUUUUUAUUUGUGAGAGGUUCAUAUAUAUUGUAUAGAUUGGUUGUGAUCUUCCAUGACUCUCUUGGUUCUUUCUUGCAUUAACUUAUGUAACAUAGGCUUGAGAAUUGAUCAAGAUUUUAAUGUUUUUUGAUGAAAUAGGAGAUGAAGGUGAUUGUUGAUGGGGUCUAAUAAUAGCAAUAUAUGUCACGUCAUCCCACUGAUGUCCUGGUUGUUAUUGUUAUUAUUGUCAUUAAACGUUGUACGAGGAUCAAGUGAUACGUCGGAUCGAGAGACAUUGGAUUCAUACAUACAUGAAUAUGCAAUCAAGAAUAUAUCGAAACUACGUACAGGUAAAUUGUAUGAUAUUCACCUUCCUGCAAAUUUUUCAGGCAUGGAAGUUUCAAUCGUUCGCGUUAGAAGUGCAAGUUUUUGGAGAAGAGGGGCUAAUUUUAGCUUCUUCAGAAUCCCACGGAGAGUACUGCCAUGGCCUUUUGUUAGGAGAUUUGAUAUCAUAUAUGAAAAAUUUGGGAAUUUGUCAUCUAAAUACUAUGAUGUCUCAGGUUACACAUUUGUAACUCCUGUCAUAGGCUUAUUAGCAUAUGAUGCAUCAAGAGGAAGAGAAAAUUAUGGGAUGGUUGAGCUUAAUACCAUGGGAAAUCAAAUUUUGGUUAACUUCCCACGAAUAUCUAUCCCACAAGACAACAACAAGAAGAAUGUGACGAUGAAAUGUGUUAGAUUUGUCACAAAUGGGACCAUAGAGUUCAGCAAUGUAACGAAGAACAACACGUGUAUAACGCAAGGACAAGGCCAUUUCGCCAUAGUGGUGCCUUCAUUGAAGCCAGAUGAUGAUGAGAAGAAAGAUGGGAAAUGGAAAUGGUGGGUAAUAGGAUUUGGUGUAGGAAUUGUAGGAUUAAUAUUGUUGAUUGUGAUGGCAACUUUGAUAUGCAAAUGUGUUGGGAUAAAAAAGAGAGGGAAUAUGGAGAAACAAUCUGAAAAAAGUGAGGCUUUGGAUACUGUUUGGGUUGGGAAUAGCAGAAUGCCUUCUGCUUCAGGUAUAAGAACUCAACCAGUUCUUGAAACUAGUUAUGUUCCUUGAUAUUUUUUUUAAUUUCACUUUGUUGAUUUCAAUUUUUUUUUUCAUGUGUUCUUUCCAUUUUAAGGUGUAUAUACAUUCAUGUCUCAUCAAAGUUAAUUCUUUUAAGGAAAUCA